UGUAGCUUUUAAACUUUGAAUUUGCAAAGAACAGUGAUGAACCUCUUCAUUAUUCUGGUAGUUUGUUUUUUAUGUCUGAUUUCCCUUUUUCUGUGGAAAAAAAAUUCUACCAAAGGAAAGUUACCGCCUGGCCCCACGCCUCUUCCAAUUAUUGGAAAUAUUCUACAGAUAGAUACCAAUAACAUCACCAAAUCCUUAAACAAGCUUGCAGAAGUCUAUGGCCCUGUGUUCACUGUGUAUUUUGGCAUGAAGCCCACGGUGGUGCUGCAUGGAUAUGAUGCAGUGAAGGAAGCCUUGAUUGAUCAUGGCGAGGUGUUUUCUGGCAGAGGAAGUUUCCCAGCGGUAGAUCACAUGUCCAGAGGCUUAGGAAUUAUUUUCAGCAAUGGAGAAAUGUGGAAGCAAACCCGACGUUUUGCCCUCACUGUUUUGAGGAAUAUGGGGAUGGGGAAGAGGACAAUUGAAAACAGAAUUCAAGAAGAGGCUUUGUGUCUGGUGGAAGCCUUGAAAAAAACCAAUGCAUCUGCCUGUGAUCCAACUUUUCUCUUGGGCUCUGCUCCCUGCAAUGUUAUCUGCUCCGUAAUUUUCCAGAAUCGUUAUGAGUACAGUGAUAAGAAAUUUCUAACUUUGAUGGAAUAUUUUGAUGAAAACCUGAGAAUUUCAAGUACCUCCUGGAUACAGCUCUACAAUGCUUUUCCUUUUUUAAUACAUUAUCUCCCAGGAUGUCAUAAUGAGUUGUUUAAAAAUAUUGCUAUUCAAAAUAAGUUUAUUUUGGAGAAGAUAAAGGAACACCAAGAGUCCCUGGACUUCAAUAACCCACGAGACUUAAUUGACUACUUUCUGAUUAAAAUGGAAAAGGAGAAACAUGAUAAGGCAUCUGAAUUUACUUUGGACAACUUGGUCACUACCAUAUGGGAUAUAUUUACUGCCGGAACAGAGACAACAAGUACUACUUUGAGAUACGGACUCCUACUUUUGCUGAAGUACCCAGAAGUCGCAGCUAAAGCCCAGAAGGAGAUUGAGCGUGUCAUUGGCAAACAUCGGAGCCCCUGCAUGCAGGACAGGAGCAACAUGCCCUACAUGGAUGCAUUGGUGCACGAGGUCCAGAGAUUCAUAGAUCUUGUUCCCAACAACUUGCCUCAUUCUGUGACUCGGACCAUUAAAUUCAGAGAGUACCUUUUACCGAAGGGCACAGAGAUAUUAACAUCUCUGACUUCUGUUCUUCAUGAUGGCAAAGAGUUUCCCAACCCAGAACGAUUUGAUCCUGGCCACUUCCUGGAUGAAAGUGGUAAUUUUAAGAAGAGCGACUACUUCAUGCCAUUUUCAACAGGAAAAAGGGUAUGUGCUGGUGAAGGCUUGGCCCGUAUGGAGCUGUUUAUAUUUCUGACUAGCAUUUUACAGCAUUUUACCUUGAAGCCUCUUGUUGAUCCAAAGGACAUUGACACCACCCCAGUUGUUAAUGGGGUAGGUUCUGUACCACCCUUCUAUAAGCUAUGCUUCAUUCCAUCCUAAAGAAAUUGCUGGCUGCUCUACUACAGAACGAUGCUUUCUGGCCUAUGUAAUGGCUUUGUCCAUGUCCUCCUUCCUAGCAAGAAUAUAUCUGAACCAUGUCUCUUCUAAUUGUCUAUAGUCUUCAAUAUCCAGUUCAAGUUUCCUGCAUGAAUUUGAGUUCCAUCUGUAAUAAAAAUAUUGUUCUCUUA